AGCUAUGAAGGUACAAACUCUGCAUUCUGUUAGCUCCAUAUCGCAAAAAAGGUUUCAUUCCCACGUUAGUUUACAUGUUCGACACUCGAAUCUUAAUACGGGAUUCAUACGGUAUUCAAUCAAUCUCGAAAGCAAUCACGUGUGGGCUUUUGAUCAGGCGAUGGAGAGAUCAACUAUUGCAUCUGUAUAUGACUGGUAAAACAGUAACAGGUUCAACACCUAUUCAUUAGCAGCUUCAUGAAUCCUGCUGUAGCCAUAUAAAGAGCGGAAAACUGGUUGCCCAAAAAUGGAGAAAUAAAGAAAAAUUUGCAAAGUUUCUGAUUUGAGUUUGGAGCGGUAACGAGUCUACUAUGAUGGAGAAAUUUGCUUUGUUGGUGUUGCUCUCUACUACAUUUACCACAGUCUGUAGCUACGUGCUUCGCCUAAACGUUCCCGAAGUCGUGGUUCAUAGCAAAAGUCAUAAUUCUGAAAAUGCCAUGGCCAACAUGAGAGAUACUGUUGAAAUGCCACGAAACUUUGAACAAGAUACAAUUUCAAGGCAUCAUGUUAAAGAUGGGGCCAUAAAGAUGAAAAAAAACCAACGUAAGUUAGAGAAGAAGGGCUGGAGCUACGCGGCACAUAUUCUAAAGAACAAGAAAACCCCUGUGAAAGGUGAUAUCGAAAAGAAAGUUGGCCAGAAAGCAGUUUCGAACGGAGCUGGCUUACCUGUAAAACGGGAUGCUUCAGCUGAUCGGAUUGCAAAAAUAGUCUCGAAACCCAUGACGUAUUGGUUUACUAUGGAUGAGAAUCAGAAGGAGGCUGGAAAACUACCGUUUUUUGAAAAGGAAGCACUAAUAGAUGAUGAUUCAUUAAAAUCUCAUAAUAUCGAAAAUUUAGAUCAAGAAACUGAGAUUCUUGCACGUAGUGAGAUCAGCACACAAGGAGUACCAGAUGGUAUGCUGAACAGCAAAGGUUCUGUCAAUGGGAAAACCCAGACCACCUCAGCCCGUAAUUCUAUCGCUGACAAAGGCAGUAUUGUAGAUGAGGAGAGUGAUGUGAAGAAACAGCAGAUUAAGAACAAUACAGCAAGCCCUAAAGCUAGAAAUCCUAGCGAUAACGAGGUGGACGUUGGAAGCAGCCAAGGCACUGUCUCAUCAGCGAGUUUUGACCAAGGAGAGGCUGAUUCGACAAAGAGGGAAACGGAUGCCCUUUCUUCGGGGUCUGACGAUGCUCUCCCCUUGAAGGAAGAAGGCAUCGAUGAUAAUGAGACAGUUGAUACUUAUACUGGAGAUACUGUAACAUUAAACGACACUUUUGCCAACGGGCCUAGUAGUGCCGACACUGUGAAGGAAGACAAUGGUACAAAGAGCAGCAAUGCAGUAGAUGUAGACAACAAAGUCAGUGAUAGGGGAAACCUAAUGCAGAGUGCGCUAAUGGACAGUGAACAGGGAAAGGAUAAUCCUGCGAAUGAAUUGAAAGAAGAAAUGGAAGAGGAUGUCGACAAGGAGGAAGAAGAAAGUGGAAUGCGAAUGGAGCAAGGUAUUGAUGACAACGAUUAUGUAGACACGACAACUGGGGAAAUAGUUGACUUAAACUCGGAAGAAAAUGAAGUAAAAACUGACCAGAAAGGAGGUGAUGCCCUAGACGAUAGUGAUGAAAAUAAGGAUAUCAAGAAAAUAAAAGGCUCGAAAGGUGACCAGAAAUCAAAUGGCAGUUCAAUAGGCACCGGGGCGUUGGCAAAGCCCCUCCAAAUAGCAAAUUUUGCAGAAAAUGCGACAAAAACAAACACAACUAACACUACGAGUACAGGAAGGCCAAAAAGUCUGUUAGAAGGAAUUGAUAUCAGCGAAUUUACUAAUUCUAUCAAUCGUGACCAAAUUUUGCAUCAAACAGCGCACGUGCCAGCUAUACACGUGAAAGAUGAGUUUUCAACAGAAGAUUCCCGCAAGUCACCAAGGGAUGAAUUUUCAGCAGACAUGGGUGGUUUGGUUGUGGAUGAAGAGCCUACCUUAAAGGCAGCUGUAGACCUGCCUACUGAAACCAAGUCACGUGACCAGACGGGAACGUCUGAAGGAAGAAAAGAUGACAGCAAGGAGGGAUUGCCUGAUGAAUUCAACCAAAAAUCAGAAGUAAAAACCAAUGACAUUGCAAAUGCAAAUGAAAACGACACUGCAACAAUCUCAGACUCUGAAUCUGGCAAUGGGAGUUUAGACAAAGAAAACUUUGAUAAUAAGGCUGGAGAAGAGUCUAACGUUUCUAUUUUUCAGGGUAUUGAGAAAGAGAAAAAUAAACUGUUGAAGGAGGCACAAAGUGUUUUUAACACCGCUGAUAAAGAAGAGCACAAGCUGGCUGAGUUAGAAUUUAACAGCAAUUUUUCGGAUGCUACCGUUGGUGAGUUUAAUAAAUCAGGGAGAAAUGGCGAUGAGCCCUCUGCAACUGAGGAGGACAAGGGCAGUCAAAGUGAAUCUGAUUUAAAGGCAAGUGGACCUAUGGAAAAAGACGAGUUUAAUGACAAUACAAGUACCGAAAACGAUAGCCAAACAUUGAUAUUUAGUGCCCCAAAUAAUGCAGAAUACAAUGAAACGAGUGACAUAUCAGAAAACAUGAACAAUACGUCUUUUGGAGAAACGAGAGGAGUCAAAGCUGGUGAAAAUGGCGGAGAUUCAGAGAGUCAGACCUGGACAAAUGGGCCGGAAUUCCAUCCGAGUUCAGAAAAUGGAGAUGCUGGGCCUAGUAAUGGAGAACAACAGACUGCAGAUCUGACUGAUCAGAAAGUGUCUGAUAAUGAAGGAGCAAAAAGAAAUGAUUCUGAAAGCAAUGAGUUCGAUUCAAACCGUGAGGCUCCUAAAACAGAUGUUCAGGUCAAUGCUACAGGAAAAUCCCAGGGAGCCGGUCGAGAUGAGUUUGGAGAGGCGAAGCAAGUUAUGAAUGACUUGUCGAAGAAAAUAACCAAGGAAUUCGAGGAUUCAAAAGACACGGUUUUCAAACCUGUGAAUGACAGAUCAGAAUUAUCAAUUCUUCAAUCAAAGCUGGAUACGGCUAAGAAACUCUAUGCCGAUGAUCCGGUGAACUAGAUUAACAUUAUUCAUAGCUUUCCAAUCACCAGGCCUCUCACUGGACAAAGCUCAAAUUCCCUACACAAAUGGUGUAAUAAAUUUGCAUAAUAUUCAACUUUCCAAAAGCCACUUCUCCUUACCCAAAGUAAAACAACUCCAAGCCAAUGACGCCAUAUAAUAGUUAAGCAUAAUCUAUGACCGUCUGAACAACAGGUUUCCUGGAGUAGCCUGGCUUUUCAUAGGGUAACCUGAUUUUGGGGAAUGUUUUUUUUCCAUAUGCAAAGGCUCCCUUCCAAUGAUGCGACUGUUAUUCGACAAGGAUCGAAUUCUUAACACAAAACAUCGACAAAAUGGUGAAAACUUUUCAGUUUUACGAGAGUGGUAGAAAGCUUUUGUUCUUCCCUUUUCAACUCUCUCUUUUAUCCCGAGGAUGUUUCCAGCAACAAAGAAAGUGCCAACAAAGGUUCUAUGCUAACGUAGGCCUUGAGCUAAACCUUCUGAUGCUUGAAAUAACUUGAAAUAGCUUCUGCUAAGCAUAGGUCCAUUUUUUGACCUCAUUUUGCUUUCUUCUGUUCGAAGUUAUCAAUCAUAUAAUUUAAUUAAUUUUUAUUUAUAUAACUUUAUAAUAUCUAAAUUUAGUAUUAACUUUUGAGUAGUGUGGAUUUAUGUUUUUUUAAAAAGUACACCCAUCUUUUUAAUGUAUGACCAGAAUUUGUCCUUUUGUCAAUUAAAGAUCGCUUGUAAUAUUUAUUACUUUUUGGCUACUUAUUAUACUAUUAAUAAGGAGAUUACAAUGUCUCAAUUUUUGUUUGUAAUGUCAAUUAAAGAUUUGGUAACUUUAAUGAAAUUAUCUGUACAUAGCUAGCUGUAAAGAUAUCAGAUGGAUAAAGAUAUACAUUUUAUGACGUCUGCUUUUAUUUCUGUCGUUCACUUAGGGCUAACUACAAGAAAGGUGUUCAUUUGGUAGUUUACUACCUAAGAUAGAAAGUCAAGAUCUCACAAGAAUUUUAGGAAACAUCAGAUGAAUAUAGAUAUGCAUUUUAUGUCAUCUGUUUUAAACUCU